AUGGAUGGAGAAAUAUUGGAAGGUUUCCUAUGUCCAGUUUGCAAAGAAGACCUCAAGUCUCCGGAGAGACUAACCAAUCACGUAGAACAACAACAUGCAGAAGAACAGAUUAUCCUCAAAUCCCUCAAGGAGAUCUUCGGUUUUGCCAGAAAAAAAAUUCUUAAUUCAGAGGAAUCAACCAACCUAUCAAAGGCUCUUCUAGACUCUAGCCUUAGCUUGAAAUCUAAUAUAUUCGUUAUGAGUAAAAUAGACACGCCUUCAGAGGAUAUUAUACAGGAAAUAGGUGGAGAGUGUGAUCAUAUAGCAUACUUCAAAGCCGUGCGUAAUCCUCGGCUUGAGCGUUAUGCUACUGAAACAAAUAAACUGGUCAUUCGCUUACACAAACUGUUGAGAGAUCGACCUCGGGAUCCCAUUCAAAGAAAAAUGCAUGAGCAAGAGAGAGUUCCAUGGUUGGAUGGGAAAGACGUAAAAUUGUGUCCCAACUGUGCAAGAACUUUUCAUUUUACACGGCGACAGCAUCAUUGUCGCUUGUGUGGAAGUAUCAUGUGUCACGAUUGCUCGUACUUCUUAAGAAUAGAUGUUGCUGAAUGUCUCUUAAAUUCUUCAGGUGACUCUCCUACUGAAAUGAAAGCCCUCACAUCAGAUAAAGAGGCAGAUUAUAACACAUUACGGAUUUGUGAACAUUGCUUGCACCUUCUAGAAAACCGAAAAGAGAUGCAGGAUCGUACUACAUUUAGUCCGCUUAUAACACAUCUUUAUGACCAUAUACUAGAAUUAAAGCACAACAUAGCUCCAGACAUACCCAUCUAUUGCAGAAUUGUGUCUAGCUUAUAUGAAGGAGAUUCCAUAUUUACUUUAGCUGAUGCAAGCGCACUUAGAAGCAAAAUAGGAAUUGUAGCUGAACAGGUGGAUAAUACAAGUAAAUCUAUUUUGACGAUUCCUGCACCUCAGGGAAGUCGUAGUGAUGCGCUGAAAAAAGCUCUAAGACUCGCAUGCGUGACAUACAUCAAAGAAGAAUUGCUUUCACUUCCGCAAUUACCUCUUGAAGAUGAAAUCGACCGUUUGCAACGUAAAAGAUGUGAAGAAACUGAAAUGCGUAUAGAACAAGAAAGAGAAAUGGCUACUCAAGCUCUUGAGCGUUACGAACAAUCGCGUAAUUUUUCAUCAGGUACUACGACUCCAUGUGCUCCAUGUGCAGUCAAGGGAUCUGCUGUAGCAAGUCUAGAUAACUGGAGUGGUUAUUAUACUGAUACGAGUGGCCCCAAUAGUGAUCCUUUGGUAGAACAAAUUAAUAUUAUUAAAGGGUAUAUAAAACAAGCCAGACAAGCGCUUCGGUUUGAAGAAGUAGCCACAUUGGAAAAAAAUUUACGUGAAUUACAACAAGAAUUUUAUCACAGACAAAAUUCACGACACUGAUGAACAAUUUCGAUGUAAAUUUUUUUCCAUAUAUCUAAUUUUACAAUUUACAACCAAAAUGCUUGUGACAUUAUUACACAACUUUUCCUAUACAUAACCUUAUUUCUCACAAAAUUUUUGACUGAGACUCUACUGUAUUUUAUAUAAUACGUAUAUAUAAUCAAAUAUACGUAUACAAAUCAA